CCUGUUCUCGUGUUCAUUCAUGAUUACUCUCGUCCUCAUCAGACCGGAACCGGAAAUGCCUUUGACGGAAGUGUCAUGGCGGCAUAUGGAAAGAUGGCGGUAAUAACGUUGAACUACCGAAUCGGAGUUUUCGGUUUCCUUCCAUCACGUGACCUAUCUGACGGCAGCGUGCAGGCCAACCAGGGAGUGAGUGACGUCAUCACGGCACUGACCUGGAUCUCGGAGAACAUCGAAUCAUUCGGAGGGGAUCGGAGCAGGGUGACGGUGAUGGGGGAGGGUGGAGGUGCGGAUAUGUUGGGUCUCAUCUUGUAUUCG